AUGACCACAGAAAAAUCAAAUCACUAUGGCGCUGCUACAACGCUCAAGAUUGGCUGCUCCAAGCCUCUGGAGGUGUCGCGGGCAGGUUCAGUCCACACGGUCAUGGCUCGUCCCUACUCAACAGCCAGUGAGGAGAUGUAUACCGCGUCUUUUGCCUUCUUUGAGGCUAUCUGGGACGCAGGUAUCACCCAUUGCUUCGUCAACUUGGGUACUGAUCACCCAAGUAUCAUCGAGGCUAUGGUCAAGGGUCAAAGGGAAGCAAAGGGGAAAUUCCCAAAGAUCAUUACUUGUCCAAACGAGAUGGUAGCCAUGUCCAUGGCUGAUGGAUACGCCCGGUUAACAGGCAAACCUCAAUGUGUCAUUGUGCACGUCGAUGUCGGUACGCAAGGUCUCGGAGCAGCUGUCCACAAUGCUUCCACUGGACGAGCACCCGUACUGGUAUUUGCUGGUCUAUCACCCUUCACACAAGAAGGUGAGCACCGCGGAAGUCGUACAGAGUACAUCCACUGGAUUCAAGAUGUACCAGACCAGAAGCAAAUCGUCUCCCAGUACUGCAGAUACACAGGCGAGAUCAAGACUGGAGCCAACGUCAAGCAAAUGGUCAACCGCGCCUUGCAAUUCGCCACAUCAGACCCCAAGGGGCCAGUGUAUCUGUGCAGUGCACGAGAGAUUCUCGAGGCUGAUCUCAAGCCUUAUUCCCUCAAGCAGGAACAUUGGGAGUCGGUGGAGCUUGGCGGGCUUCCUUCCAGUGCGGUUGAUAAGAUUGCCGAGGCAUUGGCCGGCGCGAAGGCUCCUCUCCUCGUUACAGGCUACAGUGGACGAAACCACAAGAUUCCUGCUGCUCUUGUUGAAUUGGCGGACAAGGUGAAGGGACUUCGGGUGUUGGAUACAGGUGGUUGCGACAUGUGCUUCCCAGCAGAUCACCCUGCUUGGGUGGGUCUGGCGUUUGGUGUUCACGAAACUGUUACCACUGCUGACACCAUCGUCGUCUUGGACUGCGACGUUCCCUGGGUGCAAACUCGUUGCAAGCCUCGUGAAGAUGCAAAGAUCUUCCACAUUGAUGUUGACCCCCUGAAGCAGCAGAUGCCUACCCACUACAUCCAGGCCGACGCACGCUAUAAGGCUGAUGCAUUGACAGCCGUCGAGCAAAUCUCUGCGUCUCUGAACAAGAAGGAAUACGCCAGCAAGCUCCAGGCAAACGCAGCAGAGACAGAGAAGCAGCGCUCUGAGGUCUACGAGAACAAGCUGGCCACUAUUGAGAAAGCCGCGGAACCUCUUGCGGAUGACACAUUCGGUACUGGACAUCUCAGCAAGAAGCUACGUGAUAUGUGCCCUGAGGAUACAAUCUGGGCUAUCGAGGCUGUCACCAACACUGGCUUCGUACACGACAACGUCCGACCCACCAUCCCUGGAUCCUGGCUCAACUGUGGUGGUGGCGGUCUUGGCUGGUCUGGCGGUGGUGCCUUGGGUAUCAAGCUGGCCACAGAUGCUGAGAACGGCGGCACCAACAAGGGCAAGUUUGUUGUGCAGAUUGUAGGAGACGGAACAUAUCUCUUCACAGUACCUGGAAGCGUGUACUGGAUUUCAAGACGAUACAAGAUCCCGGUAUUGACUAUUGUGCUUAACAACAAGGGGUGGAAUGCACCUCGCAGGUCUCUGCUAUUGGUUCACCCUGACGGUCUCGGCUCCAAGGCCACCAACGAAGAGAUCAACAUCUCUUUCGACCCAGUUCCAGACUACGCCGGGAUCGCCAAGGCUGCCGCCGGUGGGGACAUUCACGCUGCCCGAGUAGACAAGGCAUCUGAGCUGGAGAGUGUGCUCAAAGAGGCUAUCGCCAAGGUCCAAGCAGGACAAACGGCAGUGGUUGACGUCAAGGUAGCACCCGACUGCUAA